AUGACUCAUAGCAAGAGACUCCGGGAAGUCGCCGAGGACGAUAUCACCUUUAAAGAGGAGGAUGCUGAUGGACUCCUACUAUUGCACAACUAUGCCUUGGUAAUUUCUCUUAAUGUUUUAGAUUUUAAAAUUAAACGCGUUUUGGUGCAACCAGGAAGUUCAGCCAAUAUCAUUCAAUGGAGAGUACUGGAACAAACCAAGCUAACAGGAAGCAUCAUUCUGGCCACAAAGCUCCUCGCCAAGUUCAACUUAGCAAGUGUGACAACCCGAGGGGAGAUCGUGCUUCCCACAAAUGCCGAAGGGGUCAUGAAGACUACCUUGUUUGAAGUAGUAGACGGCUACAUAGGCUACAACAUUAUUUUUUGCAGACCGUGGCUACAUGAGAUGAAGGUUGUGCCAUCAACAUAG